AUGAGUGAUGCGAGCCCGCUACCACAGUUCCGCUGUGAUGACAUCGAAAAGAGCAAACUUCACAAGGAAUGGGAAGCCUGGAAAGGCUCUCUGGAAUGCUACUUUGAGUCGGAAGACAUAAUAGACCAGAAGAAGAUGCGCUCCAAGCUGCUGCAUUUGGGUGGUCCUCAGCUACAAAUGCUGUUCAAGUCCUUGCCGGAUAGCGAAAAGUAUGCCUUCGUCACUCCCGAAAAACAAUACUACGACGUGGCGAUUGCAGCAUUUGACAAGUUCUUUCGUCCGGGUCACCAGGAUGUGCUGGAGAGGCAUAAACUGCGGCACAUGAAGCAGAAACCUAAUGAAAGAUUUGCUGAGUUCGUAGUGCGCCUCAGGCAGCAAGCGCUCGAGUGCGGGGUAGACAAAUACACCGCCAAGUUCCGCAAGAUAUUAACAGAUAUCAUGCUGAUCGACGCGAUUGCAGAAGGUUGCCAGUCGGACGAAUUGCGGCGAAGGAUAUUGCAGAAGGACCGAACGCUGGACGAGAUUGAGGAAAUUGGGACGUCACUGGAAGAAGUUGACCGUCAUGUCAAGGAUUUUGGAUCUUCUCGAGAAGCGAUGGUGUCUGCUAACCAGAUCAGACAUGAUGGUCCUAGUAAGAUGGCCUACAACAGAACCAACCAGGAUACCCAAAACAAGUCCCAAAUCCAUACAAGAGAUCUCUCAGCGGGAAAUGCUUCAUCUCGAUCUCGUUUCCAAGCCGAAGCCCAGAACGCAAGAGCAGUGCGGUGCUUUAAAUGCGGACGUCUGGGUCAUUUCUCGUUCGAUCCUGAGUGUCCUGCGGUCAAGGCGACCUGCCCGAUUUGCAAGAAAGUUGGCCAUUUCAAAGAGCAGUGCCGGCAAAGAAAGCCAUACGCGGGGGAACGAGAUCGAUCUGGGCCAGCAAUGAAAAUUCGCGCCGUGCAAGAGACUGUAAAACCGGAUGUUAAGGAUGAGAUCUGCGCGAACGAUUGCAAUCAAGAAGGGGAGGAACGCAAAACAUACUAUGCCUUCUAUUCAGGAUGCGAGGCAAAUCUGAUUCGAUGCCUCGUCGGUGGAAAGGAGGUAGAACUGCUAGUUGAUUCAGGGGCAGAGGCGAAUCUGAUUUCGGAUACGGUGUGGACGAAUCUAAAGCGUGAAGGAGUACAAGUGUCACGAUCUACGAAAGGGAGCGACCGGAUUCUCAAGGGUUACGCAAAUGACAACCCAAUGAAGAUUCUUGGGACGUUUGAAGCAAGUAUUUCGGUUGGCAAGAGGUCGACGGAUGCUCUGUUCUUUGUGGUGGAAGGUGGGCAGCGCUGUCUGCUGGGCGAUAAAACGGCUAAACAACUGGGUGUACUCAAAGUGGGAGUUGACAUCGAUCACGUUGAAGCUGGGCGAAGUCCGUUUGCUAAGAUCUCCGGAGUUCAAGUACACAUUCACAUGGAUUCCCAAGCCAAGCCGGUGUUCCAGCCUGUUCGUCGAGUACCAGUAGCGCUCGAAGAAGCUGUUUUCCGUAAGUUGGAUGAGCUGAAAGCCAAGGAUAUCAUCGAGGACAAGACGGGUCCGGCAACCUGGGUGUCUCCUCUCGUAGUCGUCGGCAAGGCAAACGGAGAACCGAGGAUUUGCCUAGACCUUCGUAGGGUCAACGAAGCAGUUCUGCGUGAAAGACACCCGAUGCCAAUGAUCGAAGAUUUCCUGGCCAGGGUGGGGUCAAACAUGAUAAGAAGCAAACUGGACGUGGCUGACUCAUUCCUGCAGUUAGAAUUAGAUGAGGAGUCUCGCGACGUAACAACAUUCAUCACCACUCGAGGAAUCUACCGCUUUAAAAGGAUGCCGUUCGGGCUAGUGAAUGCGUCGGAAGCAUUCCAGAAGACGAUGGACGAGAUCCUGGUUGGCUGCGAGGGCGCUUGGUGGUAUAUUGACGACAUCUACGUGGAGGGCCGGACCAAAAUUGAACAUGAUGAGCGACUCAACAAGGUUCUGGCGAGGCUGAAGCACAGAAAUGUUCAAUUGAACCUAAAGAAGUGCGUCUUUGGCGUUACUCGGCUGGAGUUUCUGGGUCACACGAUCACAGAAAACGGUAUAGAACCUGCAGAAGGAAAGAUUGAAGCUCUGCGAUCGUUCCGGAAGCCGGAGAACGCGAAUGAGUUGAGAAGCUUCUUAGGAUUGGCGAGUUACCUCAGUCGAUUCUUGCCAGAAUUGGCCACAGUUGAUCAUGUGUUAAGGAAUUUAACUAAGAAAGGAGUUAUUUUCGAGUGGACCGAAGCUCAUGAUGUGGCGUUUGAGAAAAUCAAGCAAAUGUUGGGAAAUCCAACCUCGUUAGGGUUCUUCAAGGUGGGAGAUAGAACGCUGGUAAUGGCGGAUGCGAGUCCUACAGGCCUGGGAGCGAUACUCAUACAGGUGGAUGGUAAAGGAGAGAACCGGAUCAUUUGUUAUGCCUCCAAAGCGCUGACGGAAACCGAGCGUCGCUAUUGCCACACGGAGAAAGAGGCUCUCUCGUUGGUGUGGAGUGUUGAGAAAUUCUAUCAUUAUUUGUACGGAAGAGAAUUUGAGUUGCUAACGGACUGCAAGGCGUUAAUAUAUCUUUUCACGCCCCGCUCACGGCCAUGUGCGCGCAUUGAAAGGUGGGUGUUGAGACUACAAGGAUUUGAGUAUCUCAUAACACACAUCCCUGGUGAGAAGAACUUAGCGGAUGUUCUUAGUCGUCUUGGAACGCUCAAGCCGGUUCCCUUUGAUCAAUACGAGGAGAUUGCUGUUCAAGAAAUUGCUAACUACUCGGCGGACGCUGUCGCAAUCAAAUGGGAAGACCUCGUUGAAGCUUCCAAGCAGGAUGUUGUAGUGCAGGAAGUCAUGCGAGCGCUUGAGGAUGAUCAGCUGGAUCGUUUGCCAGUGGAAUACCGGUGCUUUUCCAACGAGCUAUGUGAAGUUGGUGAGGUGCUGAUGCGGUUGGAUCGUAUAGUAAUUCCAGAAGGGCUACGGGAAAGGACUUUGCAAAUUGCUCAUGAAGGCCAUUUGGGCAUGCGGAUGAUGAAAACAUCCUUGCGUGCAGUUGUCUGGUGGCCAAGAAUGGACAGCCAGAUAGAGACGUUUGUGAAGAGAUGCCGUGGAUGCACUUUGGUGGCAGCACCCGAUCCUCCAGAGCCAAUGAGACGGAAACAGAUGCCCUCAGGUCCAUGGGAGGACAUUGCGAUAGAUUUUCUAGGCCCUCUGCCGGAGGGUCAAUGGCUUCUGGUAGCUGUCGACUACUACAGCAGAUACGUGGAGGUCUCGGAAAUGCAGCAGAUUACGGCACACGAUACGAUUCGAGAGCUGAUAACAAUGUUUAGUCGAUUUGGAAUCCCACAGUCGAUUCGUGCUGAUAAUGGUCCGCAGCUUAGUGCAGACUGUAGAGAAUUCAAGCAGUUUUGCGAAGAACAUGGAAUAGAGUUGAUCAAUACCACGCCCUACUGGCCGCAGGCAAAUGGGGAGGUAGAAAGGCAGAACAGAAGUUUCUUGAAGAGAAUGCAGGUCGCACAGGAGCUUGGAAAGGAUUGGCGGGUUGAAUUGCGGAAGUAUCUGUUAGCGUACCACAUGACGGAUCACCCAACCACAGGAAAAUCGCCUUCUGAGCUCAUGUAUGGAAGACGUAUCAAAAGUAAGCUGCCAGUGCUGCCAUGCUUCGCGGAGACCAAUAGUGCGGCCAGGGAUCGGGACAGAAUAGUCAAGGAAAAGGGGAAGGAGUACACAAACCGGAAGCGACGUGCUCAACACAGUGAUCUCAGCGCAGGUGACAAAGUGUACGUGAAACGAAUGCAGAAGGACAACAAGUUAAGUACAAAUUAUUCACCAGAACAGUUCGUGGUGGUGAGUAAGUUGGGAUCGGAAGUGGUUGUACAAUCACUCAAGUCGGGUCAGAAGAUAAAGCGCAACGUGGUCCAUUUGAAGAGGAUUGAACAGGAUCAAGGCACGGAACCGGAGGAAGAUGAUACAUUGAGUUUGAGGGAAGAAGAUGUCGAUGAUGGUGAACAACGGGAACCGGAAUAUGAUGAGACAACGAACAAUGAACCGGAAGUGCCAGAUAGUGAAGACCGAGGUGUGCAAGAGGAACAAAGAGGAAGAAAGGAGGAUGAACGGGAUGAAAGUAGGGUACCAGCUAAACGUAAACGUUCGGAACACGGAUUGACCCACAAGAAGCAGCUGUUGGAUGUGUCGCCAUAUUGGGAAACAAUAGAGUCGUGA